AUAGCCACUGCCGAGAUAGUAUAGCAGAAGGAAAAAAAUGCAGAGAUGCGGCGGCAAGUAUCGCGUUUCGGCCAUUUCCGCGAUCCGAAACCUCGCGUUCUCCUCAUCGCACCGUUCCCUCCAUUCAUCUCCUAACAUCAGAGCACCAGUGUCAUUUCCUGUAAAUAGAUCCAUCUCCAACCACAUUUUCCACCUCCCUUCAAGAACAGACCAUCAGCUUCUAUUUCUAGGGUUCCGCCCUUCUCUUUCCCCUUUCACGAAUCAAACGCGCGAUUUUGCGUCGAAAAAGAAAGAAAGGAAGAGAACUCCGAUCACACCGGUUACAUCCAAGCUGAAGAAAACCAAGAUCAAAUCCUACUCAUCGUUUAAGUUCAGAUUUAGAACUAUGAAUGAUGGACAAGUUCGGCGAUGGAGGGCUGGGAAGCGCCACAAUGCUCAUUUGAAGUCAAAGAAAUCCAUCCGGAGGCUUAGAAAGCCAGAGAUAGUCCAUCCUGCUUAUGCCAAGGUGAUGAAGAAGCUCAACUUCUGUGGUUAGGUAUGUCUGUACGCAUCUGUAGCUCUCACCGGUUCCUGUUAGGUAGAGGAAAAUGCUGUUCUUUCAGCAUUUGAUCAUGCAUGCUUCAAUCUCCUUUUGAUUUUGAGAAUAUUCCCAGAUCAAACAUCUGUAAGAAAUUGCUCAAGCAUGUGUCGAUUGUAUCGUUGCCAUUUUUGAGGCGCAUUUUUCAAUUAUAAAAGCCAUGAAAUAACUCAGGUUAGGCCAUUUCUCUA